CUUUCUUCACACUCGUUUAUAUUAUUGUCAUCAUGUAUCAAGGCUCCUUUCUAUUGAUUAUUGCCAGUUCUGUCCUUCAGGCUGUGGCGACGACUGUGCCCAUCGUCUCGUGCACCGUCAAUCAACCGCAGCUGUUCACAAACCCCAGCUUCGAAGACGGCAGCUGGGAUGGCUGGACAAAGACCGACAGCAGCUCCAACGCCGCAAUUGUCGAUGCCUCAUCUUCAGGUUCUCCCUUCUCGACCGCCGCAGAAGGCCAGUAUUACAUCAAGACAAUCAACACAGCCCUCCGGGGCGGGGAUGCGCUCUUCCUCUCCCAGACAGUGAAUGGGCUCGAUACAAGCACGACGUAUACCAUCACCUUCUCAAUCGCGGGGGUCCCCAAUGGUGGCAGCACCCAGCUGUGCCAGAUGUACGUGUUCAAGGACAGCCAAACCAACGCCAACCUGCUAGUCGAGGAUGUGAUUGAUAUGGAUGCUUCCGGGCUGCCAUGGACGCAGUACUCGCUCGGCUUCACGCCCACGGCCACUAGCCACCUCAUGCUGUUCGUGCUAGAGUGUUAUGAUACGGAAUACUAUGUCGGCCUUGACGACCUUCAGUUCCUCGAGCCUGCCACGACCGUCUGCUCGACCUCCUAUUCCACGGCGGUUCCAUCGCCGACAACUUCAUCGCAGGCGGUUACUUCCCAAGCUGUUACUUCAUCACAGUCUGUUACUGCGUCUUCUUCCCAGUCUGUCGGUUCAUCGAUUUCAUCUGUCCUGCCGAGCUCUUCAUCUAUCGGAUCCUCUGCACUGCCCACAAGCUCGGACUUAUCCUCAAGUGCUAUCCCAUCAAGUGCCGUCUCUACAAACAUCUCUAUCACUACCAGUCCAGCGGUCUCGCCAUCCACAACUCCAAUGCCCAGCAUCACAAGUGGCCAAGUGGUUGUUGUUACUCAGACCGUUUAUACGACUGAUAUGGCAACUGUAUAUGAAUGCCCUGCUUAAUAUCUAAUUAUAUAUAAUUCUCCAUCUUAUUUAAUUGAAAUCAGGAUAUAUCACCUGUCGCUCGCUAUUGAUUGAUUUGUUCUCACUGGUAAAUAAUAAAAUAAACUACAUACUCAGCACAGCUCAGCUGCAAAAUGUUCUAGAUGAUCUAUCCACGCAGCGGCAUUUGGCUUAGAAGAACUGUACGCAUACAUUUCCCUAGACAGUCUUUAUCCAUUCGAGGCCGUGAGAUGACGUUGACUGGGUCUGGGCGUUCGACUCGUUGGAACUCCAUUUGCCUGUUCACUAC